ACCGGAAGUCAAACGCUGUUCGCCUUCUUCAUGUGGGUUCAUGUUGACAACAAAAAGUGUCUCUGAUUGUUAUUAAUUGUGAGGAUUUACACACACGAGCUUCGAAAUAAAUCAUGUCCGACAACGAAGACAACUUCGACGACGGAGAUUUUGAUGAUGCCGAAGAGGAUGAAGGAUUAGAUGACCUGGAAAAUGUGGAAGAUGAGGAUCAGGAGAACGUGCAGAUCCUGCCCGCAGGUGAGGGCCAGCAGGCCAACCAGAAGAGGAUUACAACACCUUACAUGACCAAAUACGAGAGAGCCAGAGUGCUUGGGACACGAGCUCUCCAGAUAGCGAUGUGCGCACCAGUCAUGGUGGAGCUGGAGGGAGAAACAGACCCCUUGCAAAUAGCAAUGAAAGAGCUCAAGAGCAGAAAGAUCCCCAUCAUCAUCCGCAGGUACCUUCCUGAUGGGAGUUAUGAGGACUGGGGCUGUGACGAGCUAAUCAUAACUGAUUAAACAACUCUGCACUGACAGAAUAAUAUAUGCUGGUUCACACCCUCCAAUGUAUCAGGUCAGUCAGCUACACAAACCCAGAAGGUUCCUAAGCUGGUGCAACUGUCACCCACAUGUUCAUGUCUCAAUUUUGUCCACAAAUAUCCAUCACAUCAGGUGACUCUGUGAGUCGGUGAAAUAUGAACACAUGAAACGUGCUGAACAGACACUGAAAGAGUCAUUCAAAUCAAAAGAGUGCGUUGCUUACGGGUUUAUGAUCCUGUGAUCUGACUCGCUUACGGUCUCAUUGUGUUGUCAUGCGUAUCAACUUCAGUUCAAUUCAGAGUCAAAAUCUACAAUACUUUUUUAAGAGCUGCAUUAUUGCAAAGAACCACAAGGGGGAAGUGCAUCUUAAGUCAAACAUUUACUUUACUUGUGUUUUACACAAUCUUCCUGUGUUGUAAUUAUUCCAUUUGUUGUUUUGAAGGAGAGGGAAGGGUAUUAGUGUCAAAGAACUGUUUUUAUUGUUAUUAAUAAACUCUUUUGUAUAAAUGA